AUGACUGAUCAUGAGGAAUUUUUCUCGUUCACUCGAGUGUGGCCGGAUCAAUUUGAUGCAUUAGUGGAACUGGUGAAGCCUCAUUUGCUUAAGACAAGUAGGAGGAAGCCUUUGGAGACUGAAUUACGAUUAGCGCUCACAUUAUCGUAUGUCCAUUGCAUCCUUCCCCGACUUCCAACAAGUCUGUACUUGAAAUUGUCCUUUCGAUUCCAGAAAUGGAACAGAGUAGCAAGAGGUUUUCUACACAAGUGGCAAUUCCCAAAUUGCCUGGGAGGUCUUGACGGAAAACAUGUCAUGAUAAAAGCUCCAUGGAGCUCGGGAACUCAGUACUAUAACUAUAAAAAACGUUUUAGUAUUGUUUUGAUGGCAACAUGUGACGCUUCAUACCGGUUCACAUGGAUCGAUGUUGGCCAAUAUGGAUCUAUCAGUGAUGGUGGUGUAUGCGGUUAUUCAGACCUGUGCUCAGCUUUGAAUGCAGAUCAAGUUGAUCUACCGCCUCCUAAAAAGUUACCAGGAUCAGAUAGAACUACACACUUCAAAUUCGUUGGUGAUGCAGCAUUCCCACUAACCAAGUUCACAUUGACACCGUACCCGGGGAAUAAUUUAGACCCCGCGAAAAGAAUUUUCAAUUACCGAUUGUCCAGAGCCCGGCGGUGUAUUGAAAAUGCAUUUGGGCUUUUAUCAUCAAGAUUUCAGAUUUUUCAUCGAACACUGGCUUGGCAUCCGUCUGAUGUAACUUCCAUAGUCAAUGCAACAGUAUGCUUGCACAAUUGCAUCAUGGAUACUGAAGCUGCAUACCUGGAAGAGGCUCGAAGAUACAGUGCAUUGUCUGAUUGGCAACGAAUCCCUCGAGAAAUCAGGAACGCUGAUGUAGCUCGAAAUUCUCGACUUGCUGUUGAAGAACGCGAUGUUCUUCGCGAUUAUUUUAUUUCUCCGACAGGAAAUGGUCAAGCUCCUUGGCAGUAUAAUCUUGCAUAUCGAGGGCACAACAUUAACCGGUAG